AUGAAGGAGUUUAGGGAAUAUUCACAGGAUUUGAAACCUCUAUUUAAAUUGCGUUCAAGGUGGACUGUCGCAAGGGAUUGUUUGCAGAUAUUCAAAGAAGAGUUGUAUAAACUGAAGAAUGUUUUAAAAAAUCAAACCGUCUCCAUUACAAAUGAUACUUGGCAAUCCAUCCAAAACAUUAAUUAUAGUUGUUUGACGGUACAUUGGGUUGAUGAGACGUGGGUUUUGAGAAAGAAAAUUCUGAACUUUUGUCCCAUUGCAAAUCACAAAGGUGUAACCAUAGGAAAACUCGUUUACAAAUGCUUACAAAAUUGGGGAAUUGAGAAGGUGUUUACGGUGACUGUGGAUAAUGCUUCCUCAAAUGAUGGGGAAAUUAGGUAUCUAGCGACCAUGCUUAGGGUACCCCAUGCUUUUUUAGAUUGCAAAUACUUGCAUUUGAGGUGUUGUGCUCAUAUCAUAAAUCUUGUGGUUAGGGAUGAGUUAGAACAGCAUUUUAGUUCCACCAUAAAGAUCCAAAAUGCUGUGAAGUAUGUGAGGUCAUCGGGUGCUAGGUUUGCUACAUUCCUAGAGUGUGUUGAGAAAGUGAAGAUUAAUUGUAGUAAGAAACCAUCCCUUGAGAUUGACACAAGAUGGAAUUCAACAUUUUUGAUGUUAGAGACGGCAGAAAAGUAUGAGGCGGCGUUUGAUAGGUAUUUUAUUAACUAUUAA